CAUUUUUUGACCCCAACAGUGUUUUUGUUUAGGUUCCAAGCGCCGUCUGUCUGGAGAAUUGGUAAAGACAUGAGGAGGUGAGAGUCUUCCGGAGAGACUGCGAAAACCCUAGUUUCGUUAGCGGAAGGGGUUUUAGGUUCUAUCUUCCACAACGAAGAUGCAUCACUCAACCGACGACGAUUCAGAGUUGGAAGUAAGACCUAUGCCCGUCCAACAAAGAGACGACUCUGCCUCCUCCUCCUCCGACUCACGACCUCUCCACGAUCCCGACUCUCCUUCCGCCGUUUCUAGUCACACCAUCAGUAUCACCGUUUCCCAUGGCUCCUCCGACCACCAUCUCCAUGUUCCUCACCACGCCACUUUCGGGGAUUUGAAGAAAGCCUUUGUUCUGGAAACUGGGUUGGAGGCUAGUGAUAUGAAGAUCUUGUUCUGGGGAGAUGAGAAAGAUGAUGCUGAGCAACUGCAAGCUGCUGGUGUUACGGACGUGUCUAGUGUUUUCCUUGUGGAGGAACCUAAUAAUGGAGUGGACCAUGUUGAACCGCCUCCUGUGAUGACCGAAGAGAUUGCCAAGGCUAUUUCUGCUGUUCUAGCAGUCUCUGGAGAGGUCGAUGAGCUCUCGGAUAGGAUUGGUGCUUUAGAGGCUGCUGUCGAUGGAGGGACGAUAGUUGCGGUGAAGGAGUUUGACAUGGCUGCUGAGCUGCUCAUGAGGCAGUUGCUCAAAUUGGAUGGUAUCAAGGCAGAUGGGGAAGCUAGAGCACAGCGAAAGGCAGAGGUACGUAGGAUUCAAAAGUUGCAGGAGGAUGUGGAUACGUUGAAGGCAAGAUGUUACAGAGCCAAGCCGCAGCUGUAAGCACUGAGUGGGAUUCAUUCUGAAACGGUGUUGGAGAGCUUGAACCCUCCGCCCGCCAGCUUUCGCCUUGUACCAAUGUAAACCCAAGAUUGGGAGAAAUUUGACUGACAUUUUUAUUAUUCUGUUACGUUACAACAAAAAAAAAAAUUGCUUCUUUUUGUUA